AUGGAUGACCAAGUACUGAGCAAGAGGGUCAAGACGUUGAAUAAGGCCGCCGCCGCCGCCGAACCUCCGUCUGUCGUGAUCGCGUUGCUGGAGGAAUUGAAGAAUGCCAAAGCGCCGACCGAGGAGCAGCUUCGUUCCACAAAAGCCGGCGUCGCAGUAGGCAAGCUGCGACACAACGCAAACAAAGAGAUUGCCCGGCUAGCCAGCGAGAUCGUUUCGAAAUGGCGAAAGAACGUGGAUGCCGCCAAAGAGUCCAAGAAGCGCAAGCUGGAGCAGAGCAAGUUAGAGCAGAGCAAGUCAGAGCAGAGCAAGUCACCCACAUCACCCACCCCCAAGGACUCGCCCGCGCCGCCGUCGACCUCCUACAGCACCCCGUACGAAGGCGACCCCGAGAAGCGCCACUUCCGAGUCGACAAGGUGGAUAUCUCGCGGACGGGCAACAAAACGCGCGACGGUAGUAUCGGCGUGCUGUACAACGGCCUGGCAUACCGCGCGACCGAGUCGAUCGAGGAGGUGCUGCAGCGUACCAUGGAGGUGGAGGCGGCCGCUUACGCCGCGUACGGGGACACCAACGAGUACCGCGCCAAAAUCCGCGGGCUCAUGACGAGCCUCAAGCGCAAGGACAAUCCCGAGCUGGGCCGCCGCGUGCUUCGGGGCGACAUCGCGCCAGAAAAGUUCGCCGUCAUGACGGACGAGGAGCUCGCUUCGGACGCCCAGCGCGAGCGGGACGCCGCCCUCGAGCGCGAGAACAUGCUCAAGGCACAGGUGCCCAUGGCCCAGCGGUCUAUCAGUGAUUCGCUGCAGUGCGGCAAGUGCAAGCAAAAGAAGGUCUCGUACAGCCAAGCUCAGACCCGUUCCGCCGAUGAACCGAUGACGACCUUUUGCGAGUGCACGGUCUGCGGCCACCGCUGGAAGUUUUCUUAG